AGAGGAGCUGUGGCUGCUCCAUCCCUGGAAAUGUUCAGUCUGGGAUAGUGGAACCUGUCCCUAUCCAGAGCAGGGGGGGAACCAGGAUAGGCUUUAAGGUCCCUUCCAACCCAGACCAUUCCAGGAUUCUGUGUUUAAAUUGUGUUUGAGAAUUGAACUAUUUCAUACGCUGGAUGGAUAAAUGGAUGUGGUAUGACUUCCUGUGGAGUAGUAAGUUCCAUGGUGAUUCUUUGGUGAGAAAAUUACCUUAUGAGAUGGAUGCGUGGAAAUAUUGGACAUGGAGCUUGUUGUGAAACACAAAUGGAAGAGAAACAGCUCCAAGAGCAGAGACUUACAGCAGGAGUCCCUGUUGCUUUGAGAAGCACAAUGACCAUCUCACAGCUCUGUCUGGAGGAGAGGGCAUAGAAGGUCUGCUGCCACUGUACUCUCCUGAGGUGUGUGGCAAAAAUGGUGCAGAAAUACCAGUCCCCAGUUCGAGUCUACAAAUACCCUUUUGAGCUCGUCAUGGCAGCCUAUGAGAAACGCUUUCCUACAUGCCCAGAGAUCCCAGUCUUCCUGGGGAGUGAAAUCCUGCACGAAUCCAAGAGUGAGGACGGAGCCAUCCAUGUCAUUGAGCGAAGCUGCAAGCUGAAUGUGGAUGCUCCCAGGCUGCUGAAGAAGAUUGCAGGGGUAGAGUAUGUCUUCUUCAUCCAGAAGAACACAGUGAACUGGAGAGAGAGAACGCUCCGCAUCGAAGCCCACAACGAGACCUUUGCCAACCGGGUGGUGGUCAGGGAGACCUGCAGCUACUCAGUUCACCCUGAGAACGAGGAGUGGACCUGCUUUGAGCAGUCAGCCUCUCUCGACAUCAAAUCCUUUUUUGGCUUUGAAAGCACCGUGGAAAAAAUUGCCAUGAAGCAGUACACCUCCAACAUCAAACGGGGCAAGGAGGUGAUUGAGCACUACCUGAAGGAGCUGAUCUCCCAAGGGAUCACGUUCAUCCCGCGCUGGAGCCCUGCCGCGGCGAAGGAGGAGCGAGUCCCGGCGGCGGGGCAGGUCCCCGGUGCCAUCCCGCCGGAUCCCGGGGCUGCCGGCAGCAGCAGGGAACCGGCUGCCAGCCCCUGCCCGCCCCCAGAGCCUGCCAGCCCUGACGCGGACAAACUGGACGCGGAUUACAUCGAGCGCUACCUGGGCCAUCUCACCCCGAUGCAGGAGAGCUGCCUGAUCCGCCUGCGCCAGUGGCUCCAGGAGACUCACAAGGGAAAGAUCCCCAAGGAUGAGCACAUCCUGCGGUUCCUGCGCGCCCGCGAUUUCAACAUCGACAAAGCGCGGGAGAUGCUGUGCCAGUCGCUGGCCUGGCGCAAGCAGUACCAGGUGGAUUUCAUCCUGCAGUCCUGGAGACCCCCAGCCCUGCUGCAGGAGUACUACACUGGCGGGUGGCACUACCAGGACAAAGAUGGGCGGCCGCUCUACAUCCUCCGCCUCGGCCAGAUGGACACCAAGGGUUUGGUGAAGGCCCUGGGAGAGGAAUCCCUGCUGCGACAUGUUCUGUCCAUUAAUGAGGAAGGACAGAAGAGAUGUGAGGAAAACACCAACAUCUUUGGCCGCCCCAUCACAUCCUGGACGUGCCUGGUGGAUUUGGAAGGGCUCAAUAUGAGGCAUCUCUGGCGGCCUGGGGUGAAGGCCCUGCUCAGGAUCAUUGAGGUGGUGGAGGACAACUACCCUGAGACCCUGGGGAGGCUCCUGAUCGUGAGAGCACCACGGGUCUUCCCUGUGCUCUGGACCCUGGUCAGUCCCUUUAUCAAUGAGAACACACGGCAGAAGUUCCUCAUCUACAGUGGCAAUAACUACCAGGGCUCAGGAGGGCUGGUGGACUAUGUGGACAAGGAUGUGAUCCCAGACUUCCUAGGAGGAGACUGCAUGUGCACUGUCUCAGAAGGAGGACUCGUCCCCAAGUCCCUGUACCAGACCGAGGACGAGCCGGAGAACUCGGAUCACAUCCGGCUGUGGACAGAAACCAUCUACCACUCUGCCAGUGUCCUCAAAGGAGCCCCACACGAGAUACUUGUGGAGAUCCUGGAAGGGGAAUCUGUCAUCACCUGGGACUUCGACAUCCUGAAGGGAGAUGUGGUGUUCAGCCUCUUCCACUCCAAACGAGCUCCUGAGCCAAGUCACAAAGAAGCCACGUCACCAAGUCCCUCUGGUGCAGGGGACAAUGUGCAGCUCAUUGACAAGAGCUGGGUGCUGGGGGUGGAUUACAGCCGGGUGGAAUCUCCCCUGGUCUGCAGGGAAGGAGAGAGCAUCCAGGGGUCCCAUGUCACACGCUGGCCUGGCUUUUACAUCCUGCAGUGGAGGAUGCACGGGCCCCUGCCCUGCUCCAGCUCCAGCCUCCCCCGCGUGGACGAUGUCCUGGCCUCCCUGCAGGGCUCCAGCCACAAGUGCAAGCUCAUCUACUACUACGAGGUGCUGGCCUCCAAGGACUUCAGGGGAUCCAUGUCGAGCCUGGAAUCUUGCAACAGUGGCUUUUCCCAGCUGAGUGGAGUCACCACAUCUUCCAGCCAGUCCCAGAGCAGCUCCCACCUCUCCAGAUAGCAGAGCCAAGGCUGCAGCACAGGGGCACCCGGGGCUGCUCCAGCCCCAAACCAAAGAGCUCCAGGGCUGAGCCGUGGGGCAGCUGCAGCCACUUGGACACAGAGAGGCCUCUGAGAGCUGCUUCAACCACAAAAACUGAAAUUCCAAGGGCAGUUUUAGGAGUUUUGGGUCAGCUGCAUGCUUCUCAGUAGCUUCCUUCAGCACCUGUGGAUUUUGGGUGCCUGGGAGUUUGCAGGAAUCCACUCCACUCCAAAGGGCUCUUCCCAUCAGUUCUUUCCCCAGAGGAGGCUGAUGUUGCCUUACCUGUUGGACCUUUAGAUAAUUCCUGGGUGGCAAAACUAAGGGAAUGUCCUGGGUGCCCAUGGGGUACUGGUUCUGCACUGGACAGUCAAGUGGGCAUUCCAGGGGCAGGGCCUUGGAAGGAACUGCCAACACCUGAACAGGUAGGAUAGUUCAGAAAUCAAACCAAAAACCUCUUCUGGUCUGGCAGGAUGCUCUGGGAAAUGUGUUGCAUUUUUUAAACCCUGCUGAGAAACAAAGUCAAAAUGGUUUUUUUAGAAAUUCCAGGCAUUGACUCUGCCUGCAGUGAGUGGCAUCUUUCAAACUAUUGUUUCUUUUUACUCAGGUUUACAGCAAUAAUGAGUAGGUCUGUCCCAUUCCCUAGUGGAUGGGAACUGAAUCCAGUCCUAAAGGGCUAAGAAAAGCAAUAUUUGAUUUCCUGAAGGCACAAGAUUUUCUGGCAGUAUUACAGAACUUGCUUCUUUUAAACAUGAGCUCACUUGAAACCAUUCAGAGAGGCAUGUAUGUAUGUAAGCACUUACUGAAGCCUAUUUAUUCUAUACUAGCUUAUUUUAAAUUAAUUUUUAACUUAUUAUGUCAGAAAUGACUAUUUAUUAAAUACAGUCACCUUUUUUUAAUGAGAUGAACUUUGUUUUAGAAAGGAAUAACUGAUUGUUUUCAAUCCCAAGUAAUCUUUCUGCUUGGGUCCUGAUUUUUAUAAUCACUGGAUGUGCUUGCAAAAGGGCUGCAGUGGGGUAAGGGCUUGUGUCACCUUCCUUGCAAGGAAAGGUGAGAGUCCAGUGCUUUUUUAGACUGUUUUUUAGGAUUAAGAAACAAGGAUUGAGUUCAGGAGUUGUCAUGAAGAUGCACUGUCUUCCUACACAGCAAAAUGCCACAUUUGUCCCUAAUCUCUGAUUGUUCCUGUAGUCAGGUUGGGGAGCAAAGUUAUCCAUGUUCUUGUCCAGGUGAAAAAAACGAGAGCAGGGGUCAAAUACUCACCAAGUUUUUAUUCAAGAAUCUGUGAAGUUGUUCCUUCCCACCCUCGUUUUGAAUCACUGGAUUUGAAGCACCAGGCUCUGCCAAAGGAGAAAAGAGCCAAAAUAUUUGGGACAAUGGGAGACAAAAGAACUUGAUAUGGUUUUGAGUUGUUUGGUGGGGUUUUUUAAGGAUUGGAGCCAAGGGAAUCACUCUGCACUUUGCAUCUCUCCCUGUGAACAGGUAACUUGAUUAUGUAGAGCUCAGGGAAGUUCUGAUUUCCAAUUCUCAGUUGUUCCAUAGACUUUAAUGUUUCUCCCAGACAAGUGAAACUUCUGUCUCUGGCAUUUCAGCAUAACUGGAGUCUGAUAAAGAGGGACAAAUGUAAAUGCAAUUCAUACCUUUCCUCUGGAAAGUCAGGAAUUCUGGAAGCGAAGUCCAUGCAUGUAUCCCUCAUGGAAAAUCCUUGACCCAGAAUAAAAUCUCAUUCUAGAAACGGUUUCAGACUCCCAAAGCCCCAGGAGCAAACCCAGCCCUGUCUCCCUGUGCUGUUUCAGGAUUUUACCUUCCCUUCUUAGGUGGUUGCUCACAUCCUACAGUGGCAACAUCCCUUUUCCCUGGGUUUGCUCUGAGUAAGAAUCUCUUUCUUUGCCCUGGAUUAUUUUUUUUUGUAAUUUUAUUUUGAAAUAUGGGAUAUGCUGGGGUUUUUUUGCUCACCAGAAGUUUGACUUUUGUCAGUGAAGCACUGACAAAACUUGGCUCCUAGCAGAUCUCUGAAGGGUGAGGUCAAGGGCUGGUGAAGCAGCUUGUGACCUCUCCUUGGCAAGGCUGCCUGGUUUAUCCCACCGGAUAAUUUACUUGGAAACCAAUUUAAAUAAUUCAAUUUUUUUUUCCUUUUUCUCCAGAAUAUUAGCAGGAGAAAGGGAGCAACAGCCUGGAUGCUGUGCUUUCUAAACCUGACCUUGUGAACUGCAGACACCAGACAGAAUUCUUCUGCAUCACUUUUUCCUCUUUCAAACAACAUCAUUGUGCUUUAGAAAAUAAACUCAAGAGUUUUCUUCACGGUGAGCUGAGGCUGGGAGGGGUUCUGGAUCCUCAGAAAUUUCCUAAGCCAGAAGCUGAGGAAAUGGGCUCAUUUUGGGUGAUGCAGCAAAGCCCUCCCUGCUCUGUCCCCAGCAGCGAGGCCGCUGAGCUCGGGCUGUGUGCAGGGAAGGAGCUGCUAAUUAAAAACUGGCUCCCAGUCCAUCGGGGCUCUCCCUGUUUCAGAUAUUCCUUAUGCAAACACAACACCUACCUCAGAGCUGGUGCCAUCCUGUGGUGGGGGGGAGUGCAGGACAGUGUGCAAGGUGCCAAGGGCUGUGCCAGGGGUCCCAGUUAAAUACAGCCAGAUGUGACACCUCCAUUGCCAGUGAGUUCUCCAGCUCUGCCCCAUUCCCUGGGCUCUGCCCAGGGCUGGGAAGGGCAAACACAGAGUGAGGAUGGAUGUUGGAUGGCCUCGGCUGUCGUUCAGGGCACAGUCCUGAGCCACGUUUUGCUGCUCUCCGGUGUGAAAAGGAGGAGGAGGAUGAGGAGGGCUGAGCCCCCGGGGCACCAGGGGCGGCUCCAGCCCCGCUGUGUCACCGCUGCCUCUGGGGGCUUUCACAGGAAGGCACCGCAGCAGCUCCAUCCUUCCUCAGCUUUUGCACUCACUGCUGGAAACAGAAUUCCCGCCGGUGAUCAGGCUGGGGAAUCACGAGUGACUGAGGUGCAGCUGUGCUCCUCUGCUCAGCCACUUCGGUUCUGUCUGUUCCCUUUCAGGAACUGUGAAUAACAGUUUGUCAUCCCAAUUUGCUUUGUCGGCAGAAGAGUUUGAAAUGCCACAAUCUACUCACAAUUCCCAGUAGGAAGUAGUGAGCCCAGCUGGCCACACUGGGCUGGGAAGCUGCUGGGGCUGAGGCCAGCCCUGCUCCAGGCAGGGAAUCCCUAUUUCAAUAGGCAUUUUACGAGCUCACACUGCUUUAAUGUCCCAAAUGUUUGUACUGUGAGCAAUUAAUGCAAGGAACAGCUAUUAGAGAUUCACUUGACAGUGGCUGUCAAAGAUUCCUGCAUGCAAUUAGCUUUAAUAUUCCUCCAACACAUUUGUGAUGCUCCUUGCAUCUGAUUAUUUCCCUCUUGGAAGGUGAAAUUGGAGUCAAGUCACGUUUGCUGGCUUUUAGUGGCACCAACACCCACUUCCAAGAUUCAGUUACACCUAAGUUAAAUGGGCAUUAAUUUUUUUAGUAGCACUUACUUUCUUUCCUUUGCAGCUGGCUUUGGUUUUAUACAUUGAAAUCCUCAUUUUUCUCAGCCAAAACCCUCUAACUUCCCGUAAGAGCCCACUGCAGGGCACUGAAAUAACAGAUGUCCUCCUGUGCUGGUGUCUGUGGGUCCUGGUAGAGCUGUACUUUUGGGUAUGUGGGAAAUAAAACAUCUCU